AUGGGACAUCUUUGGUACUUAUGCUUCAUGGCGUUCUUCCAUUACUCAGAAUUUCUGACCAUAGCGCUAACAAAUCCUGAGAGUCUAUCCAUCAGUUCAUUCAUCCUUAACCACAGCACUGAAUACAAGGUAGCGGCUGUCAGUAGUUGGAUUGAAUUCUUCUUUGAGCUGUGGCUUUAUCCAGGUAUGAAAACAUUCAGGUACGUGAGCCUGUUUGGAUUACUGAUGUGCUUAUUCGGCGAGGGGCUUCGGAAGUUGGCCAUGCUAACUGCCAAGAAAAACUUCAACCAUAUUGUUCAGGACGAACACAAGGAAGGGCACAGUCUGGUCACAACCGGGGUCUACAGUCUGUUUCGGCAUCCCAGCUAUGUCGGCUGGUUUUAUUGGUCGAUUGGAACUCAGUUGAUUCUGCUGAACCCAUUCUGCAUAGUAGCGUACACUCUGGCCAGCUGGAAGUUCUUCCACGAUAGAGUGACCAUUGAAGAGGUGACUCUGUUGUCAUUUUUCGGCGAAGCCUACAUCGAUUACCAGAAGUCGGUACCCACGGGUCUGCCCUUCAUAAAUGGCUACAUCUUGACUGAUGAAUAG